GGCAGGCUAGUCCGGGCUAAGGCAGAGGAGGAGGAGCUGAAGGCCGCAGCCGUGGCUCCCGCCUUCACGGAGAACCAGUCCUGCGAAGCCUCCUCCCACUCCCAGGCGGGCGGUGGCGGCGGCGGGAGGAGGAGAAGGAGGAGGGAGCGUCUCUGCCGCCGCCUCCUGGUCCCCAGCGCCGAUCUGCCGCCGCCACCUCCCUCAGCAGCGUUCCUCCCUCCAUGGUCCUGCAGCGGCCCCCCCUGUAGCCCGAGCUGCCCCGCGCCGCGCCAGAGCCAGCCCCGGUGGAGGGAGCGGUCGCGGCCUCGUGGCCCCCGUGGGCUGACGAGCGGAGAGCGCGGCGACGCGCCGUCCUAGAGGAUCCGCACGCCGGGCCCAGCAGAGCGAGGAGCAGCGGGCGGGCGGGCGGGCGGGCGGCGCCGGGCCCGGGCCGCCCUCACUCUUGAGCCCCGGCCCCGCCGCCCGCGCCGGGUCGGUAGCCCACAGAGGAAGGCGCCGCAGUUUCUGGGCCUUGUGGCCCCACUCAAGCGUCCUCAGCACUGAAGGCUCGCGGGUCCUGAGCGGAGAAGGCAAGCCAGGGAGCGGGCACCGAGCUCUUUAGCGCCCCCACCCCCGUUUUCGGAGCCCUCCACGCUGCGGCCGCUGUCCCCUCCGGACCAUGGCCGACGACGACGUGCUGUUCGAGGAUGUGUACGAGCUGUGUGAGGUGAUCGGCAAGGGUCCUUUCAGUGUUGUACGACGAUGUAUCAACAGAGAAACUGGGCAACAAUUUGCUGUAAAAAUUGUUGAUGUAGCCAAGUUCACAUCAAGUCCAGGGUUAAGUACAGAAGGUAAGAGAUGGAUUUCAAAUCUAAAGCGGGAAGCCAGUAUCUGUCAUAUGCUGAAACAUCCCCACAUUGUAGAGUUAUUGGAAACAUAUAGCUCAGAUGGAAUGCUUUACAUGGUUUUUGAAUUUAUGGAUGGAGCAGAUCUAUGUUUUGAAAUCGUAAAAAGAGCUGACGCUGGUUUUGUAUACAGUGAAGCUGUAGCCAGUCAUUAUAUGAGACAGAUACUGGAAGCUCUACGCUAUUGUCAUGAUAAUAACAUAAUUCACAGGGAUGUAAAGCCCCACUGUGUUCUCCUCGCCUCAAAGGAAAACUCGGCACCUGUUAAACUUGGGGGCUUUGGGGUAGCUAUUCAGUUAGGGGAGUCUGGACUUGUAGCUGGAGGACGCGUUGGAACACCUCAUUUUAUGGCCCCAGAAGUUGUCAAAAGAGAGCCUUAUGGAAAACCCGUAGAUGUCUGGGGUUGUGGUGUGAUCCUUUUUAUCCUGCUAAGUGGUUGUUUGCCUUUUUAUGGAACCAAGGAACGGUUGUUUGAAGGCAUUAUUAAAGGAAAAUACAAGAUGAAUCCAAGGCAGUGGAGCCAUAUCUCUGAAAGUGCCAAAGACCUAGUGCGUCGCAUGCUGAUGCUGGAUCCAGCUGAAAGGAUCACUGUUUAUGAAGCACUGAAUCACCCUUGGCUUAAGGAGAGAGAUCGUUAUGCCUACAAGAUUCAUCUUCCAGAAACAGUAGAGCAGCUGAGGAAAUUCAAUGCAAGGAGGAAACUAAAGGGUGCAGUACUAGCAGCUGUGUCAAGUCACAAAUUCAACUCAUUCUACGGGGAUCCUCCUGAAGAGUUGCCAGAUUUCUCUGAAGACCCUACCUCCUCAGGAGCAGUCUCACAGGUACUGGACAGCCUGGAAGAAAUUCACGCACUUACAGACUGCAGUGAAAAGGACUUAGAUUUUCUACACAGUGUUUUCCAGGAUCAGCAUCUUCACACACUACUAGAUCUGUAUGACAAAAUUAACACAAAGUCCUCACCACAAAUCAGGAAUCCUCCGAGUGAUGCAGUACAGAGAGCCAAAGAGGUAUUGGAAGAAAUUUCAUGUUACCCUGAGAAUAAUGAUGCAAAGGAACUAAAGCGUAUUUUAACACAACCUCAUUUCAUGGCCUUACUUCAGACUCACGACGUAGUGGCACAUGAAGUUUACAGUGAUGAAGCAUUGAGGGUCACACCUCCUCCCACUUCUCCCUAUUUAAAUGGUGAUUCUCCAGAGAGUGCGAACGGAGACAUGGAUAUGGAGAAUGUGACCAGAGUUCGGCUGGUUCAGUUCCAAAAGAACACAGAUGAACCAAUGGGAAUCACUUUAAAAAUGAAUGAGCUAAAUCACUGUAUUGUUGCAAGAAUUAUGCAUGGGGGCAUGAUUCACAGGCAAGGUACACUUCAUGUUGGUGAUGAAAUUCGAGAAAUCAAUGGCAUCAGUGUGGCUAACCAAACAGUAGAACAGCUGCAAAAAAUGCUUAGGGAAAUGCGGGGGAGCAUCACCUUCAAGAUCGUGCCAAGUUACCGUACUCAGUCAUCAUCCUGUGAGAGAGAUUCCCCCUCCACUUCCAGACAGUCCCCAGCUAAUGGUCAUAGCAGCACUAACAAUUCUGUUUCGGACUUGCCAUCAACUACCCAACCAAAAGGACGACAGAUCUAUGUAAGAGCACAAUUUGAAUAUGAUCCAGCCAAGGAUGACCUCAUCCCCUGCAAAGAAGCUGGCAUUCGAUUCAGAGUUGGUGACAUUAUCCAGAUUAUUAGUAAGGAUGAUCACAAUUGGUGGCAGGGUAAACUGGAAAACUCCAAAAAUGGAACUGCAGGUCUCAUUCCUUCUCCUGAACUUCAGGAAUGGCGAGUAGCUUGCAUCGCCAUGGAGAAGACCAAACAGGAGCAGCAAGCCAGCUGUACUUGGUUUGGCAAGAAAAAGAAGCAGUACAAAGACAAAUAUUUGGCAAAGCACAAUGCAGUGUUUGAUCAAUUAGAUCUUGUUACAUAUGAAGAAGUAGUAAAACUGCCAGCAUUUAAAAGGAAAACACUAGUCUUAUUAGGUGCGCAUGGUGUUGGGAGAAGACACAUAAAAAACACCCUCAUCACAAAGCACCCAGAUCGGUUUGCAUACCCUAUUCCACAUACAACCAGACCUCCAAAGAAAGAUGAAGAAAAUGGAAAGAAUUAUUACUUUGUAUCUCAUGACCAAAUGAUGCAAGACAUCUCUAAUAAUGAGUACUUGGAGUAUGGCAGCCACGAGGAUGCAAUGUAUGGGACAAAACUGGAGACCAUCCGGAAGAUCCACGAGCAGGGGCUCAUUGCAAUACUGGACGUGGAGCCUCAGGCACUGAAGGUCCUGAGAACUGCCGAAUUUGCUCCUUUUGUUGUUUUUAUUGCCGCUCCAACUAUUACUCCAGGUUUGAAUGAGGAUGAAUCUCUUCAGCGCCUGCAGAAGGAGUCUGAUAUCCUACAGAGAACAUAUGCACACUACUUCGAUCUCACAAUUAUCAACAAUGAAAUUGAUGAGACAAUCAGACAUCUGGAGGAAGCUGUUGAGCUCGUGUGCACAGCCCCUCAGUGGGUCCCAGUCUCCUGGGUCUAUUAGGCCCAUCCCCAGAUAUCUGACGCAUAACUGGGAGCCACCUCAUACAUGGAAACGCCUCUUUGUUAUCGACCUUGUGUCAGCAGGUCAUGGUCCCUAGAGACUACCUAGUUGUAGUGUGACCUACAUUUAUAAUUAUUGUCAUGUCCGAAUAGGUAGGAGGAGAAAAACAAUUACACACUAAUUUAAAGAGACAGUAUCUUUUUUAAUCAGUUCUCCUAAACUUUAAUAAAAUGUAUCUUUAAAUGUAUGUAUUAUUCAAUCCUUUGGAAUGUUAUAUUUUUGGAAAUCAUAGCCUUUUUAUUUCCAAGGCCCCUAAAACUGCACAAAAUAGAUGCUGCUUUCUAUAAUCUAUUUUAAUAAUAAUAAACAAUGAUUCUGUUACCUUGACUGGGGGUGGAACACUACAUUCUUUUUAGAGUCUGAUUUUAUGGAUUGGAAUAUCUUUCUUUCCUUUAUUUAUUUGAAAUAAUCAGUCUAGUGAUUACAAAACAGUCAUAAAUUUUUAAAGGCCUUUUUUCUCUUUCUUUUUUUUAGAAUAGUAUUUUUUUUAAGUCCUUUAUGUAACAUCCAGAUAAUGUGAUACUGUCUCUUUGAAGCACCCUGUAAACCUUUUAGAGAUUUGAAGUUGGGUCUUGACUCUUAAUGCAUGUGGACAGUCACGAGCGUUUAUGCUGUUGGUGUGUCUGUGUUGGACAAAACGAUCUGUAAUCUACAGCCAAGUACAUUCCGUUCACGGGGCACACCCAGGGGAAUAAAUAAAAUGCUAUAUGACUAAGUUGUAAAACCUAUGCACAUCCCUUGCAUUUUGGGCAACUUUAUAAAAAAACAAAACUGAUUUUUAUUAAUAAUCAUAUAGUGAAAUGUGUUUGUAAUUUUGUCUCAAUUUAAUUUGUUGUAAGGUGGGAGGGGGAAUUGCUGGUUUCACCAUUUCAAAUCUGUGUUGUCUGAGAGUAUUAAUGUUUUAAUUAAGUAAAGAAAUGAGGAUUUUUAAUAUGUAAUUGUUUUAAAGCACCCAUUUUAAGAGAAUAUACUGUGCAAUGAAGAAACCAGUUUAGGCAUUUGCUAUAAACUGAAUUAUUCCAAAAGAAUAAUCUAUAACAGCCCUGUAAAUUCCUUUAAAGUGAUAACUAACAGGACAGUUUGACCAAUUUUUUAAAAAUAUACUUCCUUUUAUGUGUUCAAUAAUUAAAUGCCUUUGCAUCCUUCAUUUCAUUAUAGAUUUGUUCAGAUAUACAGGCUGAUAAUCUUUGAGAUUUUAUUAUUCAUUAGAUGCUCAAUGAACCAUCGAAGGCCCAGGAGUGACUAUCAGUUGGCAGGACAACAAAAUACUCCUCCAGAGCACAACUCAAACCAUGUCUGGCUCCCAGAGCACACGCAGUGCACCCAAGGGCCACCAAUGUAUGAGAGGCCAUCUGUGGUUUUUCCUUCCUCUUGCUAUAUCCCUUGGCACAGGAGAAUCAUCUUUCCUUGUUGCUUUAGAGGCAUUAACCAUCUCAUCACCCUUACAUGAAGCCACAUCCUUCCAAUAUAAUGGAUUCAGGCUGCGGAUUUUCCGACUCUUGCCAGAGGUCAGUGGAAGGUUUUUCAUUAAAGUGUCAGGGUGUGUGAAGUGGUUCUACUAACCUGUAAUUCUUGAAAAAAAUACCAUCAUGUUUGCUUCUUGUCAGUUAGAUGGCCUCAUCGCUUUGUGCCUUGGCAGGAUGUGCAGGGUGUGUUCUGAGCUGAAAAGCCCCUCUUAAAGGACCACACAGAGAAUACAUUUGCAUAUUCCUUUUACAAUGUCAUCACUCCCCACCUACUCUUAUUAAAUGAUGCUGAUUUUUUUCUCUCAUGUUGUCCUUUGUCAGUGACCAGAUGAAUCUGCAACUUAGCAACAAGAUGUCAAGUGAACUGCUUCUGUUGGUGCUCCAUUAGCAGGGUGACCACACCACCAUACCAGAGACAUCCUGGAUGGAGAGAGAAACCUGGAGAGUUGUUUAGGGCUGUGUUAGGAUUGAUUUGAAUCUGUCUGAUGUCAAGUCAUUCCCGUGAUGGUACUGACCACAAUCCAGGCUCUUCUCAGUGUGAAAGGGCCCACUCUACCUCUUUAUCAAUGAAGCACAAAGAAAAAUACAACUAACAAAUGGGGAAGAGAAACUCCCUCUGGCAGAAACCUCCAUGCUCCCACUUGCCCUUUUAGACCAAAUCUCCAGAGAUGCUGACAAUGCCCGGCUUAAGCCACCCACCACAUUGAUAAAUGUGGAUCAAGCAGAGAAAGAGAAAAGCAAUGCUAAUUUAAAUGUCUGUGGUCCCAGAACUGAAAAAGCAUGAUAGUGCUGGUCCUCUCUUCUGAUCAUUUUAUGCAUUCUUGGGGAAGUGUAUGGAUAGGCAUUGUUCUUGCCAUUGUGUAAAUGGCGGAAUUCUUCCAUCCAGAACUCGUUCUAUCUGACUUCUCAGAGAGGUCACCUAUUCCAUUCCACUAAUACACGUCUUCUCUAAAGCAGAUCUAUCAGGAAACACUUAAACAUCUGAAUUCAGGGUAAUUUCAGUACAUUACUGCUGCCACUACAUUACAGUUGUCCCGCUAAGUAAUCAGAGAAAAUUGCUAAAAAGCUGCUUUAUUGCUUCCAUUCUGUCAGCAAAACCACCUUUUUUCCUUUUGAAUACCAGAGGAAAUGAUUAGGUUAUUAGAUUUUAUCACUGGUUAAAUCAGCCACAUUCUGGGGGUUCUCUGUCCUACCCCAGGCCCCCUCCCCACAGAAAAAAGAAGAGGUCUUUUUAAUGCACUGAAUUAUUUGUUAAAAAGAAGAAAUAUCCUGAUUUUUUUAUCAUAAAGCAGUAAUUACUUUGCACAUGCAGCGUAUUCAAUUUUAACACUAAAAAGGAAAAUGUCAGUUCAUCUAGAAGUUUCCCAGUGUCAAGUUAGUAUGGCAGCCCUUUAAAAUGCAAUUAAGUGUAUCUCCUGUCAGGUGAGAUAGUUUAAAAUAUUUGCUCAGAGAAGAAAAGAAAUGGAUGACCUACUUCUUGCUAUUCAAAUUCAGAAGGCCUCUUUCCUGAGCCCAUUCUAUUGGUGGCAGAGGAUCUAAAGAUGGUGCAAAGGCAUCACUGCACGAAGGAGGCAGCAAGUGCUCUUCCAUCCCCAAGUCCAGUUCCAUUUCGCACUGCUGGAGCCAACCAGUCGGGCUCAGGCUCAGUGCUGCAAUUGUGUUUGUAAAACCUUUGAUCUCACUACCACAGAGAAGAGUGGGUUGGUUUUGUUUUUAAAUUGCUUGUAGUUAAUUAAGGGUUUGAUUUCAUCCCUUAAAAAAGUGAAGCCAGUUGAGCCACCCUUGGGGAAGAUGAAUGGGAGAGAUGCUCAGAGUGGAUACUGCCCCUUACGGACAGGUGGCCCCAAGCAAUCUGUUGUAUUCCAUUAACGUGAUGUCCUUUUCUUCCUUUUAGGUCCAUCUCUUAACUUGGGGCAGAGAGACAUGCUGCUAUAGCUAGCAAGAAAAAUUCUUGAUUAAAAAAUUCUUAAUUAUAAUAAUGCCUCCCACACUGUCUCCUUGGCAAGAGGAGAAGGCACCGUGCAAUCGGCAUUCCAAAACAAGCCCCUAAGGUCCUCAUUCCUCCUCCUUGUUUCCUAUCAAGCUGGUGUAUGUGUGUAUGCAUUGGGGAGCUGGGAAAGGGUUUGUUUUUCUAGAACUGAGCACAGCCUCCUAAUUCCAUCCUCUUUACAAGGGCUUUGAUACUGAGGCUGAUUACAGCAUGCCAUAGGUUAAAAGGUCCCUGAGCGCUUUUCUCUUGUUCUAUGCCUCUUAAUUAAUUCUCCUCUUCGAAAGAUACUUUGCUUCUCGCUGCAGCUUACACAAGGGCUACAAGCUUUAAUUGUGAAUCAUCUUAUUUAAUAGAACUUUUCCUCUUGUUACCCUUUAGAAGUAAGGUUUUCCUCUCCACGUGGUGUCUUCAGUUACAGGACUAUGCCCAGAAGGUUUGAUGCUUGAUUGGCUUUGCCCACACUCACUUAUCAGUUCGCCUUAAACUUGGAGCAAUUGGAAGACUCAGAUCUUCCAGCUUAGUGAGAGAAGUUUAGCUGUGACAUGUACAGAAAGUAGAAGAGAGGGAGAAUAGUAUGCUCACCAGUCCACAUCCCUUUUAUCUGGUCUUUUCUCCACCACUCUUGGGCUGCAGAAGGCUGGCAGACCCAUCCCACAGAGAGAGGAGGAGGGCCUCACCAUCUCUAGAAGAGGCACUGCCAAAUCUUCGCUCCUGGGGGGAGUUGAAAAGCCAGAGCUCCCACCACCUCUCACCUAACUCCCUCCAUCAACUCUAUUGAACCUGUGCAAAUGGACCGAGCAAAAGAAAAUGGAAAGAGAUGUUUGUCACCACACAAGAGACCUCAUUUCUGGCCCCAAACAAAACUUCAUAUCUGUGUGUGCUCAGAAACUUGGAACUUUGCUGUCACAUAUGUAUUUAGUUCCAGUCUCUCUGGCACGUGAUGUAAGGAGUGUGUCAGCGUUCUCACCAAGAGAGGUCUGGAGGUGUGAUUACCUCAGGACACACAGGAUGUGCACUCUCUUAGAAGGAGGUCUGUUUGGGAGUAGAAAUAGGCAUUCCUCCACAGUGAGUCAUCCCACCUAUUGUUUUUCCCAUUUUGAAGACACCAGGAAUUAGAGGAAUUGAUUUGCAGCUCACCUGUGUCCUGGAAUGGCACCCAUGCAGGCAGGUUGUAGGCUGCAGGGGCAGCAAGCAGGGUGACUGAAGCAAAGGCCACACAAGCCUCACGUGCUCAGACCAGAGUAUCACGUUUAAUUGCAAUGCAGGUGCGUCGCCAUUCAAACUCAGUACUGGGGUUGUUUUGCAUAUAGUUUUGCCAAUGCAUUCUUUUUCUGUAUGUAUAAUUGCCUUUUUAUAAAAGGUUUUGAAGUAUUGUCUCAGUGAUAAAAAGAGAGCGAUGUUAA